AAGGUACACAGGGAAAUGUAUGGCGUUUUGGUAAAGUAAAACUAAAUGUUCCUGAUAUGUAUUCGAUAAUUGUCGAAGGAGUAGCUGGUGUCAGUUAUCGAGGUGAUAUAUCUUUGGACAAUUUUGCCCUUAUUGAUGAUUCAUGCCCGUCUGAUUAUCCAUUUGAAUGUGAUUUUGAUGAUGAGAGUCUCUGUGGUUUUUAUCAUGACACUACCGCUGAUUACCAGUGGAUUAGACACAAAGGUCAUACAGCAAGCUUUUCAACGGGUCCCAGUGUUGAUCAUACGACCGGAUCAAUAAACGGAUAUUACAUGUACAUUGAAGCAUCAAAUAGUCAAAAACAAGGUCAAAAAGCUCGUUUGAUAUCACCGUGGUUUAAUUCGACAAACGGUCAGUGUUUAUCUUUCUGGUAUCACAGUUAUGGUGCUGAAAUUGGUGCAUUGACUGUUUAUAAGAAAAUGUCAUCAACCGAUGACAUGUAUCCAAUGUGGCGUAUCAACUACAAUUUUGGUGAUCAAUGGAAUGCAGCAACGUUGAGUAUUUAUCAAACAAUGCAACCAUGGGCAGUUAUAUUCGAAAGUGAAUUUGGCCCUGGAUUUGAAGGUGACUUGGCAUUGGAUGACGUUAUCAUAAAAAAUGGUCUAUGUCCACGUUUGGGUGCAUGCGAUUUCGAACAAAAUGAUUUUUGUACAUGGCAUAAUGUGAGAAACGCAAAAUUAGAUGAUUUUGACUGGCUGGUGGGGCAUGGUCAAACGGAUUCAGCGUUCACAGGACCAAAUGUCGAUCAUACCAAUAAUGAUCCAUUUGGAUACUAUGCGUUUAUAGAAGCAUCAUCUCCUCAAGAAGGUGAUAAAGCAUUGCUAGAAUCAACCAUUUUAUUACCAACAUCAGCGAUUGGCUCCUGCUUCUCAUUUUGGUAUCAUAUGUACGGCACAAAUAUUGGUCUAUUAAAUAUUUACAUAAAUGGUGCAAAAUCUGUAAAGCCUUUAUGGAUAUGGACUCAGAAUGGAGAUAAAGGUGAUGUAUGGAGAAAUGGUCAAGUUACAAUUAAAUCAGCUGCAUAUUAUCGAUUAUUAAUCGAAGCUAUCAUUAGUGAUUCUUUUGCUGGAGAUAUUGCCAUUGAUGAUCUGCAAAUAUUCGAUAAUCCUUGUGUGUUGACACCGGCCGAUUCCAAUCCAGCUGAUAUUCCACCUUCAACAACUUCAACCAAACCUCCAGUCACACAAAAACCAUUAGAUCAAUGGGAUUGUACAUUUGAAAAUGAUACAUGUUCAUGGUCCAACAGGGUAGAAAACGCGUUCAAUUGGACACGUGUUCAAGGACCAACCGGUUCACUAAUAACGGGACCAAUUGUCGACCAUACAACAGGUUCGAAAGACGGCUGGUAUAUGUCUGUUGAUUUGGGAAAAAAACCAGCAAGUAACGUUGCAAUGUUAGUUGGUCCUACGUUAGGUGACCUGCAAUGCAUGACAUUCUAUUAUCAUAUGUAUGGACAUUCUGGAACAUUGAAUAUCUACAUGUCUAUUCAAAAUCAAUUAGGCGUACCAAUAUGGACCAGACAGGGUGCACAAGGGGACGUAUGGCGAUAUGGACAAGUAGCAAUAACAAAAAAGAAUGCCAAUGUCGUUUUUGAAGCUGUUACGGGUACAAGUGCAAGUGGAGACGUAUCUCUUGAUGAUAUCUAUUUUGUCAGCGGCGCAUGUAAAGAAAGUGCGGAUAUUGGUGAAUCGUGCACAUUUGUUGAUCUUGCAGCAUGCGGUUUCACGCAAAAUGAUACAUCUGCUUCUCUGUUAUGGACAACGUUUACUGGUAAUGAUACUUCAAAAGCUCCGAUUCUUAGUGAUCAUACAACGGGUACAAAUCGUGGCUCGUAUAUUUACGUUGACUUUGCUAAUAAAGUUGAACAUUUACAUGCACUUCUAUUAUCACCCAACUACCAACCGUCGACUAAUCAAUCACGUUGUUUAGAGUUUUAUUUCGCUAUAACAGACUCCGAUUCAAAUACGUUAAAUGUUUAUCAGGAAAGUUCAACCGGUUCAAGACGUGUGUUAUUUACACGAUCUAACGAUCAUGGACAAAUAUGGAAUAAAGCAGAAGUAAGAAUAGCAGCAGCAAAUGAAUUUAGAAUUACAUUUGAAGCUCUUAGUGGAACAACGCGAAAAGGAUUAAUUUCAAUUGAUGAUUACUUACUAAAAGAUGGUAAUUGUUCGUUACAAGGCGAUAUUUGUACAUUUGAUAGUAAUGAUUUGUGCGCGUGGCAGAAUGCGCUAACAAAUAAUUUUGAUUGGUUACUACACAAAGGACAAACGGACUCGUUGGAUACAGGUCCGGAUGUAGAUCAUACGCUCGGAACAAAAGAUGGAUAUUAUAUCUACAUUGAAACCUCAUUUCCAGCUCAGUUUGGAGAGAAAGCACGACUUGAAUCCGAAAUAUUAUUCGAUACAAGAUCAAAAUGCGUGACGUUCUGGUACAAUAUGUAUGGCGUUGAUGUUGCAACGUUAAACGUUUAUUUUCGUAAUUUUGGAACACCCAAUGGCACUGAUUUAGUUAUUUGGAGAUUAAGAGGACCUCAAGGACGUAGUUGGAAACAUGGUCAAGUAUCCGUAAUACCAACAGGAAAAUAUCAAAUUAUAUUCGAAGGCAUACGAGGAAAUGACUAUGAUGGAGAUAUUGGUUUAGAUGAUAUCGGAAUAAUGACAACAGAAACAUGUACCUUACAACCGAAUGAAGCUGAGUCAUUUCAAAUAUUGCAAGAAUUGAUUACAUGUGGUUUUGAACAAGGUUUUUGUCAAUGGCAACUGGAUACAACAGGACAGUUUAAUUGGACACAGCAUACGGGGCAAACAACGACAGCAGGCACGGGACCAAGCACAGGCGCAGAUCGUACACCAUACUACAUUUACAUUGAAGCAAGUUAUCCUCAGAAAUAUGGUGAUCGUGCGAGUCUAAUAUCGCCAUUAUUACCAAAACCUAGAAGUGUUCAAUGUUUCUCAUUUUAUUAUCAUAUGUUUGGUGAAGAAGUAGGCUCUUUGCAAAUUUCAACUGUUGAACAAAUAUCUCCAUUAAAACAAACGCUUGUCUGGGAACGAAAUGGAACACAAGGAAAUGAAUGGAGAAUUGGUCGCAUAAAUAUACGAAAUGUUGCAGCUGAUUACAAAUUCAAAGUGGAUGGUUACGUCGGAAUUGGAUUCGAAGGAGAUAUAGGCCUAGAUGAACUUUCAUUACUGCAAGGAGAAUGUCCACCAUCAACAGAAUGUGAUUUUGAAACAUCAUAUUGUGGAUGGACCAAUGACACUACAGCCGACUUUUAUUGGAUUCGAGCACAGAAAGAGACGCUUUCGUCUAACACAGGACCAUCAGCAGAUCAUACAACUCAAUCACCAAACGGUUAUUAUUUGUACAUCGAAACAUCCAGUCCUCAAGCAGAAGGUCAAAAAGCAAGAAUUAUUAGUCCGAAAUAUCCGGCAUCAUCCUCUCUUUGUCUUAAAUUUUGGUAUCAUAUGUAUGGUGAUAAUAUUGGUGCGUUGAAUGUUUUAAUUUUUGAUACAAAACAAUUAUUAUGGACAAAAAGUGGUAAUCUUGGAAAUCGUUGGCGUUAUGGACAUGUGACAGUUAGACGUGCUGAUCCAUUUCAAAUUGCUUUUGAAGGAGUUGUUGGUAAAAGUUUUGAUGGAGACAUCGCUAUUGACGAUCUCUUUAUACAAAAUGGUGAAUGUGAAACAGAAGGAAGCUGUGAUUUCGAACAAGGUUAUUGUGGUUUUUAUAAUACUCAACAACAAGGUGAAGAUCAAUUCGAUUGGUUACGACAACGAGGAAAUACAGAGUCAUACGAAACAGGACCAAGUGUUGAUCACACAACAGGUACGACUGCCGGCUAUUACGUCUUUAUUGAAGCAAGUUAUCCACAAAAUCUUGGAGAUAAAGCUUGGUUAGUCAGUGAAGUAUUAGAAUCUCCAAAAGGUGCAUGUCUUGAAUUUUGGUAUCACAUGUAUGGAAGCACAACGGGAAAUUUGUCAGUUUAUCAUCGGAUUAAUAAUCAAAAACCAACAUCAUUGUGGUCUCUUGAGGGUGAUCAAGGAGAUAAAUGGCAGUAUGUGCAAGUAGAUAUUCCAACAACUACUGAUCAUUACGAUUUUAUAAUGGAAGCUGUUGUUGGUGAUGGUUACUCAUCUGAUAUCGCACUUGAUGACAUCAAUUUAACUCAAGGUGGUUCGUGCGUUUAUUUUGCAUCGACAACCCAAGCACCCAUUACUACGCAACCUGUUUUAUAUGAAUGUGAUUUUGAACAAAAUAAUCUUUGUAACUGGAACGUCGAACCAACAGAUGUUGUUCAAUGGAAAAAGCAGAGUGGUCUAAGUGCUGAAUUUGGAAAAUCACCGUUGAUUGAUCACACAAAACAGUCGGUUUAUGGUCAAUAUAUCUAUGUGGGUAUUGAAGCGACAGGCGGUCCAACACAGACAUCUACAAUUCGUUCAUCACCAACAUUUGGUGCAGCAACAUCCUAUUGUUUUGAUUUCUGGUAUCAAUCUUAUAUAUCAUCGAAUACAACAUUAAAUAUUUAUUAUAGAAAUAUAACGGGAUCACAACUGUUAUGGCGUCGACCGGGUUCGACAGUUAACGAUCAAUGGACACAUGGUACAAUUAACGUUGAAAUGAGAGCGGGAACUUUCAUUGAAAUAUCCGUUGUUACUGUACCAAGAUCUAGUGGUUAUAUGGCACUCGACGAUUUGAAAUUUUUAAUUGGUACAUGUCCAGCUGUGACAGUCUGUGAUUUUGAAGAUCCAUCUAUUUGUGGUUAUCAAAAUGAUAUUACAGGAAAAUUUACAUGGAAAAGAAAUUCAGGAUCAACAACAUCGUCUGACACAGGAGCAUCGUAUGAUCACACUUAUCAAACAAAUAUUGGUCACUAUAUGUACAUUGAAUCGAGCUUGCCUCAAAUUGCUGGCGAUAAAGCUAGACUAAUGUCACCUGUUUAUCCGACAAUAACUAGUGGUUCGUGUUUAACAUUUUUCUAUCACAUGUGGGGACCAACGACAGGUUCUCUCAAUGUCUUUAUACAAUCACAAAAUGUUCAACAAGGAAUACCACUAUGGAGUUUGAAUGGUGAUCAAGGUGAUCGUUGGCGUCCAGCUAAAGCCACAAUCCAUUCACCUGAUAAAUUUCAAAUAAUUUUUGAAGGCGUUGUUGGUUCAAGUUAUACAGGCGAUAUAUCGAUUGAUGACGUUUCUCUAACAAAUGGCGCUUGUACACCGAAUGGUCAAUGUAAUUUUGAAACAGAUCUGUGUACUUGGACACCAUCGAGAGGAAAUUCACAUUUUACCUGGUAUCGUAUAACAGCACAACAAUUACGUCUAAUCUAUAGCGGGAAAAAUAUACCAACAAAUGAUGUUACAGUUGGUACACAAUUUGGUCAUUUCUUGUGGGCCGCAUCCGACUACGGAACGAAUAUUGUCAAUCAAACGUCGUCAUUACAUUCAGAAAUCUUAUUGCAAUUUGAAUAUCCGAGUGGUGCAUGUUUUGUCUUCAAUUACUUCUUGACUGGAUCACAUAUGAUCAAUGUUCAUCUAAAAUAUCGAUCGUCUGCCAAUAGUGAUCAGUCAAAUUCAAUUGUACUGUUGACAAUAGAAAAUGAUCAAGGAAAUACAUGGCAACGACAAGCAGUCGAUAUACGAACAAUACAAAGCGAUUUUGAAAUAAUUAUUAAUGGACAUUUCAGAGAUGGACAAGCGGGCUCAAUUGCAUUAGACGAUUUCUUUAUUUAUCCACAAAGUUGUUCAUUAAUACCGACAACCCCAUCACCAACAGAACAUUUUCAAUGUGGAGAUGGAACAACUGUACAACAUUCACAAGUCUGUAAUUUUAUCAAAGACUGUGCAAACGGUUAUGAUGAAGAUAUAUGCGCUGAUUGUACAUUUGAACAAAAUCAAUGUCGUUGGGUUGAUCGAAGUUUUGGUUCAUUUGCAUGGAAACGAGGACAAGGUUUUACUGCAUCGCAAAAUCAUAGUGGACCCACUGUUGAUCAUACUACACAUACAAGUCGAGGUUAUUAUAUGUACGUGGAUUCAGCUGAUGGAAUAAUUUGGGAUGAAGGCAUUUUAGAAUUACAACAAACACUUCAACCGUCAAGUUCAACAUGUGAACUAGAAUUCUAUUACCAUUUAUUAGGCGAUGAUUACCAAUAUUUAUACGUUCAUUUGAAAGAAGACGACGAUUCAAUAAGUAUUUGGGAACAAACUGAAGAUCAAGGUGAUCAAUGGGUUCGAGUUUUAAUUCCCCUUGGUCGUAUAUCAAAACCAUGGUCAAUUCAAUUUCUAGCUGAAAGUGGUUUUGGUGAAGGUAAUAUUGCUAUCGAUGAUGUUAAACUUGUUGGAUGUCAAUUUCCACCGGAACGACCAACAUGUCCCGAUGGUUACUUUCGUUGUCAACGUGGAGCAUGUGUUCAAAUGAAUCGUGUAUGUGAUUUUAGUGAUGAUUGUGGUGAUAAUUCAGAUGAAAUGAAUUGCAAUUCAUAUACAAUGUGCAGUUUUGAAGACCAAGGUUUUUGUUCAUGGACACAAGAAGAGGAUAACGAUAUCGAUUGGGAACGAAGUCAAGGACCAACAUUUAGUUCAGACACGGGACCAAAACGUGAUCAUACAUUGGGUUUACCAAGUGGACAUUUUAUAUUCUUAGAAGCUUCUUUUCCAUCUGUUGAAGGAGAUCGUGCUCGUGUUGCCUCACCCGUAUUCAAUAAUUCAGGUGGAUGUGAAUUUCGAUUCUUUUAUCAUCUAUACGGCUCGGAAAUCGGCGUAUUGAAUGUUUAUAUACGUACAACCGUUGGUGGUUCAAUGAAUAAGUUAUGGUCAAAAGAUUAUGAAGUUGGUGACUUUUGGGUUCGUGCUGAUCUUCGACUGAUGGGUGGUGAACCAUUCCAAGUUGUUCUUGAAGCAGUAGUAGGGGAAGGAUAUGCAGGUGAUAUUGCAAUUGAUGAUACGUCAUUCACGCCUGAAUGCGGUUUAAGUAAUGUGGGUUUAGUCACAGUCACCACACAACCAACGACUCUAACACCAAAUCCGUGUCAGCAAAAUGAAUUUUUAUGUACCGAAAAUCGACAAUGUAUCAAUGCAAGUUUGGUAUGUGAUUUUAAAAACGAUUGUAUUAAUGGAAGUGAUGAGGCUAUUUGUGGAACAUGUAAUUUUGAUCAAAAACAAUGGUGCGGAUGGAAACCGGUGGAAUCACUUGAAUACGAUUGGACAUUAGGUCAAGGACAAGCACCAUCUGGUCAAGGACCAAGUGUAGAUCAUACAACAGGAACAGAAAAUGGUUAUUAUUUAUUAGUUGAUAAUAGUAUGAGUACUAUGCUUGGUUACACAUCAUUACGCUCACCAUCAGUGGGUCCAAGUGGUAUUGAAUGUCAAAUGAAAUUUUGGUAUUAUAUAAACGGAAAUACAGACUAUUCAUCAGUUGAUGUAUUUCUAUAUCAUUUAAUGGAUGACGACACCGAGCAGUACGAACAUCUAGAAUGGUUCGAUGAUCAAGCUCCCGAAUGGCAACAGGCAACGGUUAAUAUUGGACAUCAAGCAAGACGAUUUUCUAUCGAGGUUGAUGCUCUUCCGGGUGAUUCAAGUGAUAUUGCUAUAGAUGAUAUUGAGUUUUACAAUUGUCAAACAACAACAACAAUAUUAGGUUUACCAAUCGAUUGUACAUUUGAACAUGAUUGGUGUAAUUAUUUUCAUGAUGAUACUGCAGAAUUUAAAUGGGACAGAACAAAUCAUACAACAGAUUCAGCCGAAACGGGUCCAGGAUUCGAUCACACUACUGGUUCCGGUUAUUACCUGUUUAUUGAGGCAUCAACUCCAAGAGUACAAAACGAUACAGCUCGGCUACUAUCAGCAAUUCAAAAUCCAAUAACAGAACCUCGUUGUCUUUCAUUUUGGUAUCACAUGUACGGUCUUGACAUUGGAAAACUUAAUGUUUAUGCUGAUUCAGUGUCAGCAGCAAGUUUUUCUCGCAAAUUAAUAUGGCAGAAAUCAUCCAGUCAAGGAAAUCAGUGGCUGCAAGGCAGAAAAACAAUAUCAGAUCUAACGGAUCCAUCAUCUAAUUGGAGAAUUGUCUUUGAAGGCGUUGUAGGAAGAGGAUAUUUAGGUGAUAUUAGUUUAGAUGAUAUAUUUCUUAGUAAUAACCAAUGUCCACCAUCGAAAAUUUGUGAUUUUGAAAUUGACAUGUGCGAUUUUGUAUCACAAUCGGGUAGUAUAUGGACAAGACAACAAGCACUAAAUAUACCAAAUUUUAUAAAUAUUGAUCAUACAACAUCAACAUCAUCAGGCUAUUUUGUAACUGCCAAAGAUAGCCAAGCAAUUUUAAAGAGUCGAACCUAUAGUGCAAGUGGUGAUGAAUGUCUUCGAUUCUGGUAUUUUAUCAAUGGUCCGCAAUCAACAUCGGGUAGUUUAAAUGUCAGUAUCACGGAAUCAUCAACAAGCAAAUGGUUCAAUGAUUACUUUUUCAAUGAAUGGCGUUUUGCUCAAGUACAAGUUAAUUCACGUGAUACGUUCAUGGUUUUAUUUGAAGCAAGAAAAUCGACGAAUGAAGUUAUUAUCGGUUUGGACGAUAUCGAUUUAAGAUUAGGAAAAUGUUCACCACCUGUUAAUUGUAAUUUUGAAGAUGGCACAUUGUGUAGUUGGACACAAUCAAAGACGGACGACGAUUUUGACUGGCUAUUAAAUAGAGGAGAAACGGGUACAGUUGGAACAGGACCAAGUGUUGCAUCUGUUAUAUAUAACGCAGAUCAGACAACAAAUUCGAAUGUCGGGUGGUAUAUUUAUAUUGAAGCAAGUUUUCCGGCUGUCGAAGGAGAAAAAGCGCGUCUUGUUAGUGAACAUCUACUAGGUGAAAAUGGUUGUUUUACCUUAUGGUAUCACAUGCUGGGUGAAGAUAUUGGCGAAUUGAAUUUAUACUUGAACAGUCCUUCACAUCAAAUGGCACUGUUACAAAAAAUAAAUGGUGAACAAGGUGAUCAAUGGAAACAAUUAGUUCAAAGUCUCUCUUCCCAAUUUCAAACAAAAGAAACAAUGCAGUUCGUAAUCGAAGGAACAGUUGGCCCAUAUUGGAAUGGCGAUAUUGCUGUGGACGAUAUUGCUUGGCAUGCUGGUAGCACUUGUGAUACUAGUUUAACAACAGCCAUACCCACCACUAUUUCAUCAAGCACCGCAUACCCACUACCACAAUACGACUGUAAUUUUGAAUGCAAUUGUACAUGUAAUUGGACCCAUGAUUCAACAACAAAUUUCAUAUGGAAACUGGCUAGAGGAUCAACUGUUUCAUCCACGACGGGACCAGAAAGUGACCAUACGCUUGGAUCAAAACUUGGUUAUUACAUUUAUAUCGAAACAUCUGUUCCAGCAAAACCAAAUGAUACAGCAAGAUUGAUCAGUCCAGAUUUAGUUGUAACAGCAGACAGAUACUGUUUUCGUUUCUACUACCAUAUGUUCGGCGCGGAUAUUUAUCGAUUGAAUGUUUAUACGAGAUAUAAUGGAAAUUUGGGUGAACUUUUAUGGCAAAGAGAAGGCGAUCAAGGAAAUGAAUGGCGUUUUGGACGAGUUGAAUUAUCAGACAAUAUUAAUUUGCCAAACGAUGCACACUAUCAACUCGUUGUUGAAGGAAUUGUCGGCAAAAGCUUUUAUGGGGAUAUUGCUGUUGAUGAUUUAGCUGUUAACGCUGGUUCAUGUCCUACAUCAAGUACAUGCGAUUUUGAAGUAUCAGAUCUAUGUGGUUAUGUUAAUGAUCCAACAAAUGACGUGUUAUGGAUUCGACAACAAGGGGGAACACCAUCAGCAGGCACAGGGCCAACUUUAGAUGUCACAUAUGGUUCAACUUUAGGUCAUUACAUGUAUCUAUCAUCAGAUAAAGCAGAAAAAUCAGGUGAUAGUGGACGUCUAGUAUCGAGCGAAUAUCCGGAUACAGUUGGAUCUUGUAUUCGUUUUUGGGCUCAUCUCUACGGAAAUAACAUUGGAACAUUAAAUGUGAGAACAUAUGCCUACGGACAAUUGAACCCAAAGAUUUUAUACACUGUAACAGGAAGUCAAGGUGAUCGUUGGAAACUUAUUCAAACAACAGUUAAAAGUAGUACACCAUAUCAGCUGGUAUUUGAAGGAGUUCUGCAAGCUGGUGACAUUGCAAUUGAUGAUAUUGAGGUUCAAUCCGGUGAAUGUUCCCCAUUGGCAUCGUGUGAUUUUGAAAAGAAUAUGUGCGGUUUCAUCCAUUUGAAAGCCGAUUUCAAUUGGAAACGUACAUCCUAUCAGCAGGUGAUAAGCGGACCAGGAACUGAUCAUACGACAUUAACACGAGAUGGUUACUAUAUGUUAAUGGAUCGUGCUAUAACAACACAAGAUAAAAAAGCUCAAUUAGAAUCUGAAUUAAUAUCGUCUAGUGAUGGUGUUAAAUGUUUGACAUGGUAUCAAUUUACUCGUGGUAUAACUGCGGCUAAAUUAAAUAUUCUCGUACGUGAUCCAAACACUAAUAAAAUGAUAACAUUGUUUACACAAGAUGAACCUGACGGAGAUGCUUGGGUUUAUCACGAAUACACUCUACUACCAAAUAUGACACAGUCACAAACAUACACAAUUGUAUUCGAAGGUGUUGUAGGAUCAAAAGUAGGCGACAUUGCUCUAGAUGAUAUAAGAACAACAAAUGGAAAAUGUGCAGGUGUCACACCACCAACGGGACAAUAUCGAUGUUUAAAUGGUACAAUAAUACCAGUGACAAAGGUCUGUGAUUUUGUGAUUGAUUGUGCAGGUGGUGACGAUGAAAAACGGUGUGCCGAUUGUACAUUUGAAAAUAAUGAAGUGUGUGGAUGGCGAGCAAAUAGUUCGGGAUCGUUCACGUGGCAACGUGGAACAAAUGGCAGUUCAGCACUAGGCAACGGACCUCUCUUCGAUCAUUCAAUAAACGGAGCAGGAUAUUAUAUGUAUGUUGCACCAAAUAAUGGUUUUACAAAUUCACCAGCUCGAUUAAUAACACCCGUACUUAGUCAGUCGGGUUCAAAAUGUCAAAUUCAAUUUUGGUUAUUUAUAUCCGGCUCGGAUAUUGGAAAUUUAGAUGUAAAACUUCAUACUGGCGGUGUUGAACGUGCAACGCUUCAACGAUUUUAUUCCAAAGCAGUAUCAAUAUCAAAUUGGACACAAAUACGAAUUGAAUUAGGGCGAGUUGAUGUUCCAUUUCAACUAUCAUUUGAUGCUACACGUUCAAUGUCAACCUCUGGUUUUAUUGCAAUUGAUGAUACAAAAAUGAACAAUUGUUUUCUGCCAACAACAUCAACAACUUGUUUAUCAACACAAUUUCGAUGCAUAAGAGGAUCGUGUGUAGCAAAAACACUUUUGUGUGAUAUGACAGACGAUUGUGGAGACUAUUCGGAUGAACGUAGUAGAGAGUGUUCAUCUUAUCGAACUUGCACAUUUCAAAUCUCAUUUUGUGAUUGGAUUCAUGAUCCAGCAGGUGAUUUUAACUGGAUACUUCAUCAAGGAUUACCAUCAACUGAACUUACUGGACCGACACGUGAUCAUACAACUGGUUUUAGUACCGGCGAAUAUGCAUUGAUUGACGCAUCAUCACAAAGAUCAGGAAUGAAAGCACGUCUAAUGAGCCGUAUAUUUCAACCAACAACAAAAGAUUGCCGAUUUAUUUUCUAUUACAAUAUGUACGGUAAAGAUAUGGGGGAAUUGAAUGUAUACGUAAAAUUGUUUACAAAUGGGCAACUACUGAAACUUUGGGGAUUAUCGGGUGAUCGUGGAACGGCAUGGAUUCGGCACGAAUUGAAAUUUAAUUAUACACAACCGUUUCAAGUGUUUGUUGAAGGCGUUGUUGGUGCAGGUCUUUUGUCCAAUUUAGCCAUUGAUGAUACCGUUUUUACUCCUGAAUGUGUCCUGUCACAACUUUCAACGUUGCCAACAACAAAUAUUAGCACAUCAACUCCGCAACCAUGUCCAGCAAAUCAGUUUAGAUGUGCAGUUUCUACAGAUUUUAUUUGUAUUGAUAAAUCUAAGGUGUGUGAUUUUAAACCAGACUGUCCAGAUGCAUCUGACGAGCAUAACUGUGGUCCAUGCAAUUUUGAACAAGAUCAAUGUAAUUGGGAAGAUGCAUCAGUUGGAGAUUAUUCGUGGGUAAGAAACCAAGCACAACAAUCAGUUACCAACGCUUUAACAAUGAGUGCGCCAACAUUUGAUCAUACGUUGAAUAGUGGAUUCGGAUGGUACAUGUAUGUCGAUGGUGCUAGUGGUGACUUUCUUGAUGUGGCUGUGUUACGUAGUCCAUCCUUACCAAAAUCGGGUACCCGUUGUGAAAUGGCAUUUUAUUAUUGGUUUACAGGAAGCAAAAUUGGAUCAAUUGAAUUAGUAGCCAUAGCACCAAAAUUGAAUCUAACUGGUGAAGAUCGUAUUGUACUUUGGAAGCAAACUCAAUCACAAAAUAAAAUUUGGGUACGUGCAAAUGUUAAAAUUGGUGAACAAUUGGGCACUGUGAAUAGUGGCUGGCAUUUAACAUUUGAAAUAACACCAAAUCAAAAUGGCUCAGCAGCUCUCACCGACGAUGUAGCCAUUGAUGAUAUUAUAUUCACAAAAUGCAAUGAAAACGAUACCGAUCUUAUGAUCGGUUGUGAUUUUGAACAGGAUUUUUGUUCAUGGACAUUCGGCGGAGAUUUUAACUGGACUCGAACAUCAUCAAAAACACCGUCGUUUGAUACAGGACCGCAUGCUGAUCACACAACUGGAGAGGGUUAUUACGUUUUCAUUGAAGCAUCGAUUCCACAAAAACCUAAUGAUAAAGCGUGGCUCAUCAGUCCAAUACUACCCACUUCAACAUCAAGUUGUCUUGUCUUCUAUUAUCACAUGUUUGGUGCUGAUAUUGGCACAUUGAAUGUUUUAUACGAAGAUAAUGCACACGAUCGCAGACCAAUUUGGUCACGAACAGGUCAACAAGACAACAUGUGGAAACGCGGACAAGCGAAUUUUGAGAGUAGUGUGGCCUUUAGGCUGAUCUUCGAAGGAAUUAUUGGUAGAUCAGUGGAAGGAGAUAUAUCGUUAGAUGAUAUUGAAAUUAAUUUUGGUACAUGUCCAGUAUUAGAAGAAUGUGAUUUUGAAAAUGGAUGGUGUGAUUGGAAAAAUGGUACACAAGGCGAAUUUAACUGGAAAUUAAACAGUAAUGGUACACCAUCAGCUGAUAUAGGUCCUACUAUAGACCAUUCACAAGGAACAAAAUUUGGUCAUUAUUUAUUUUUGGAUUCAAUUGGAAGAAAAGUUGGCGACGAGGCGCACUUAGAAUCACCGUCAUUCAAAGCUAGUCAACCACGUUGUCUUCAUCUAUGGUAUCAUAUGUAUGGAGCAGGAAUUGGCAAGUUACAAAUUCAACAACAUUUCGAUGUGGGCCGAAUUAAAACAUUAUGGACAAAGUCAAGUAAUCAAGAUAAUAUAUGGCGUCCAGCCCAUCUAACUAUUCCACCAGCGUUAGGUUCAAAUAAUUACAUAAUUCGAAUUGUCGGUAUUGUUGGUGAUAUCAAUGCGAGAGACAUAGCCAUAGAUGACACAAGUAUAAGAGAAGGUGAAUGUCCUGAUACAACUAUAUGUCAAUUCGAAGAAGAUCUUUGUAGUUGGGUGAACGCAGAAAAUGGUGUUCUCGAUAAUUUUGAUUGGUUAAGAAACAAUGGUGAAACACCAACGGUGGGUACCGGGCCAACAGUUGAUCACACAUUUGGUACACCAAAGGGAUUUUACAUUUACGUUGAAAGCAGUGGUUUAUUCAAUGGUGGCGAAAAAGCAUGGCUCUUGUCCGAACAUUAUGAUGCGGGAAGAUAUUGUAUUCUCUUCUUCUAUCAUUUAUGGGGUCAAAAUCUCGGUACAUUGAAUUUGUAUACAAAAACAACUGGAGCUGCACAACCACAACUCGAAUGGAGUGUAAGUCGUGAUCAUGGUAACAUGUGGCAUAUGGGUUUGGCAAAUGCUGACGUGUCUGCAGAAUUUUAUUUUAUCUUUGAGGGUGUUCAUGGUGGUAGUUAUUUAGGGGAUAUGGCACUUGAUGACAUAACUAUACUUCCAGGCUCUACUUGUCAGAUCACAACCAGUACAACGACAACAACACCUCCAACAACUCUGGGAAUACAUACACCGUUAUCAUGUGACUUUGAAAUAGACACGUGUUCAUGGACAUUAGAUCCAACAGGAAACUUUAACUGGAUAAGACAUCAAGGACAAACGGCUAGUAUUUGGACUGGACCACAUGUCGAUCAUACUCUUCAAACACUCGACGGUUGGUACAUGUAUAUUGAGACAUCGGAGCCAGAUACUGGGGAUAAAGCUCGUCUUAUCAGUGCACCAACAUCCGUUCGACAAAAAGGAUUUUGUUUACGUUUCUGGUACCAUGCGUAUGGAACAUCCAUUGGUUCUUUAAACAUCUACGAACGACCACUAAAUCAAAACAAUUCUACUUUAAUCUAUCGAAUAAUCGGCGAUCAAGGAAUCGAUUGGAAAGAAGCACUAAUAUUUCGACAGAAUGUUGGAAACUAUCAAUUUGUGAUUGAGGGAGAAGUAGGUGAUGGAAUUUCAGGCGAUAUUGCUAUUGAUGACAUAACAACAAAUGAAGGACCAUGUCCUUCUGCACGUUUUUGUGACUUUGAAUCAGUAGAUGUAUGUGGCUAUAUCUCGGAUGUAUCAGGAAAUUUCAACUGGACAAGACACAAAGGUUCAACCCACUCACUGUUCACAGGACCAUCGGUUGAUCAUACAACACUUACCGAACAAGGACAUUACAUGUACAUUGAAACAAGUUAUCCACAAGUACCAGAUCAUGUUGCUCGUCUAAUCUCACCUUUGUUCCCAGCAUCAAGUGAAUACAAUUGUCUUCAAUUUUUCUACCAUCAGUAUGGUGAAGAUGUCGGAAUAUUAAAUGUUUACAAACGAGAAACAGGUUCUGGUUCAUUAACACCACAAAAACUGUUUUCAUCUAGUGGAAACCGUGGCACUGAAUGGCAUGUGACCGAAAUCAACAUUGUUCCAACUCAACCCUACAGUAUUAUUUUCGAAGGUUUUGUUGGUAAAAGUUUUGAAGGUGACAUUGCAAUUGACGAUGUAUUAGUAAAAGAUAAAUUUUGUGCACCAAUGGGCUAUUGUGAUUUUGAAGAAAAUUUAUGUGCAUAUAAAAAUUCAGAAUUUAAUCGACAGUUAGAAUGGAUACGAUUUCGUGGUGAAACGCCAAGUGGAUUUACCGGACCAGCUACUGAUCAUACGCUGGGCACAGAAUAUGGCACAUAUAUCUAUUUGGAAACAUCAUCGCCAGCGAAAGAAGGUGAUCGAGCCGUACUUGUUAGUCCAGAUUUAGAUAAUACAGCACAUUACUGUUUUCAAUAUUAUUACCAUAUGAGAGGAGAUAGUAUUGGUAGUUUGAAUAUCUAUCGUCAAACGUAUGCAGAUUCAAGUGCUCGAAUUUCUGUAGGAACGCAUACAGGUGAUAAAGGAAAUCAAUGGAAUAUCGGUCAAAUACAAUUAGAGUCUUUGAAAAAUCAAACAAAUAAUAUUUACCGCUUGCUGAUCGAAGGCGUUGUUGGUUCGUCAUUCGAUGGAGACAUAGCAUUGGACGAUUUUUCAAUUUCACUCGGAGCGUGCCCACUAAAACCGAAUGAUUGUCAAUUGAAAUGUAAGCAAAAUGACACAUGCAUACCAUCAUCGAAAGUAUGUGAUUUUAAUUGGGAUUGUCCAGAUGGUGAUGAUGAAAAUAUAUGUCAAUACAAUUGUGAUUUCGAAGCAUCAACAUGUAAUUACACAGAUCCAUCGGUGGGCGAUUAUAGAUGGAAACGACAACGUGGUGCAACACCAGGAACAAAUACAGGUCCAACAUUCGAUCAUACAACUCUAUCAUCAUCUGGCUGGUACAUGUACGUCGAUUCAGUUAUGGGUUCAAUUGAUGAUCGAGCUCACCUGUUCUCACCUACAUUUCAACAAGCGUCAUCAACAUGUGAAUUAACAUUUUACUAUCAUAUGUUUGGUCAAAAUAUUGGACGUUUAGAAGUUUUCUUACUUGAGGGUAUACAAGACAGUCGUCUUUGGAGUUUAACAGGUAAUCAAGGAAAUCGUUGGCAAAAAGCGAUUGUCAAAAUUGGAAGAAUUUACAAACCAUUUCGAAUAUAUAUUGAUGCCAAGAAAACAUCAAAUUCAUUUGGUGACAUUGCAAUUGAUGAUAUUUUCUACGAAGGAUGUAAUCUUAUGCCAACAAAUCUAACAUGUACAAAUGAACAAUUUCCAUGUAAACGAGGUGGCUGUGUGGAUAUUAGUCGACUAUGUGACUAUACAGACGAUUGUGGCGACAUGUCUGACGAAGAUAACUCGACGUGUUUCAAUACACAUUUGAUGCCAGGAUGUAAUUUUGAACGUGAUUUGUGUAAAUUGAAUCAAAUGCCAUUCAAUGAUUUACCCUGGCAGCGAUCACGUGGUGCUCAAUUAGCAUCGUUUUAUGCUCCACCACAUGAUCACACUACAAAUUCACCGGUUGGUUAUUAUUUAUAUGUUGAAACAACAGGACAACAAGUUGAACGUUAUGCUCGAUUACAAAGUCGAAGUUUUGAAUCACUGAAUAUGUGUUCUAUUCGAUUUUAUUAUUAUAUCAAUGGUAUUAAUCCUGGCAUGUUAUCGAUGUUUGUUCGAUCAGAAAAUGGUGGUCCGUAUACAUAUCUAUGGUCAGCGACAAAAAUAAUUGGAUUUCAUUGGGAGCGACAAGAAGUACGAAUACCAACUGCAACCUUGUAUGAAUUAAUUAUUGAAGUGAAAACAUUGAGUGGCAAUAGGGCUGAUGGGUUUAUCGCAGUCGAUGAUCUAUCUUUUUCAUCACAAUGUGUGGGUGACACUCCUUCGUUACCAUUUGGAACAACCACUCAACCAAAUGGAACUACCACAUCCCCACAAUCAUGCACAUAUCGAUGUGACGAUGGAACAUGUAUCGGACAAGAUAAACGUUGCAACUUUAUUAAUGAUUGUCGCACAGGAGAAGAUGAAGUGAACUGUGGACCAUGUAAUUUUGAACAAUCACAGUGCGGAUGGAAUGAUGAUAGUACAGGAUAUUAUGUAUGGGCAAGAAGAAAAGCCUCAGCCAUAUUGUAUAUGCCUGGUGAUUUUACAACCAAUCGAACAAAUGGCAGUGUUAUGACUAUCUCUAGUGGUUCAGGAACGUAUGCUGGCAGUAGUCGUUUAGUAUCGGAACGUAUCGCAUCUACAGCUGCUUCGUGUGAAGUGAUGUUUAGCUUCUAUCGUUAUCGUGAUAAAGAGGGAACCUUGUCACUCUAUUUGGAAGAUGAUAAAAGUAGUCGAACAAAACUUUGGUCUAACGACAUAAUCAAUGGUCAAUUCUGGACCCCGAUCACAGUUGGUAUUGGUCGACGUCGAACUGGUUUUCGACUUGUUUUUAUUUCUACACAUGUUGGCUUAACAUCAAUAGCAUCGGAUAUCUCGAUUGAUGAUGUCAAAUUGCACGAUUGUCAAUUUCAAACACAAGGGCUUUGUGAGUCAAUCCCCGAUCCAUUUCAAUGUAAAAUAAAUCAAAACUGUAUCUCAAUAGAUCAGUUAUGUGACUUUAGUGAUGAUUGUGGCGAUAAUACGGAUGAACAAGGUUGUUCGACGUAUGUUGAAAUGUGUAGUUUUGAAGAUUCGGAUACGCAAAUGUGUGGUUGGACGCAUGAUUACGAUGCCGAUUUUCAAUGGAAACGUAUUCGAGGUGAUGAUUUAUUUACAGAUUGGUACGAUGAUUGGAUAACGUAUGGUCCCGAUCGUGAUCAUACUCUAGGCACAUCGAGAGGACAUUUUCUAUUUUUGGACACAUUGAACCGUCAACCGAAUGACACUGCAAGAGUCAUUAGCUCUGUAUUCGCACCCACAACAGAUAGCUCAUGUCAGUUUCGUUUUUGGUACCACAUGUACGGAGUAGAUAUCAAUGCGUUAAACAUUUAUACUCGAACAUAUGUCGGUGGUCCUAUGCUUCUUCGCUGGAGUAAAACAGGAUCAAAAGGUGAUGAAUGGUUACGUGCGAAAGUUGGAUUAAGCAGUUCACAACCAUUUGAAGUACUUAUUGAAGGUGUUCGAGGAAAAAAUUACCAGGGAGAUAUUGGAGUUGAUGAUAUAUCGUUUACACCUGGUUGUCGUAUUCAAUCUCAACUAACGUUACCACCAUUUCAAUAUUCUACUACGCAAAGUCCCUAUUGUAAUUCAACACAUUCUCACUGUGAAAUUGGCAAACAGUGUAUACCAAAAGAACAGUUUUGUAAUUUUAAUAUUGAAUGUACCGAUCAAACAGACGAAAAAACAUGUCCACAAGCGUGCAUAUUCGACGGCAAAUCUUUCUGUCAAUGGGAAAAUGAUCGAAAAGCCGAACGCAAAUGGCUGUCGGGAAAUGGCAAAACACCAUCAGUUGAUACGGGUCCAAACACAGAUCAUACUACUGGCACUCCCGAUGGAUUUUACAUUUAUUUGGAAACCAGCGAUGGUAUAACUGGACAUAAAGCACGUCUAAUUAGUCCUCUAUAUAGAAAAUCAUCGAAAACAUGUUCAUUCACAUUCUGGUAUCACAUGUUUGGACAAACGGUGAACACAUUAAAUAUUUUCAUACGCGCAAGUAAUAUCGACACUCUCCUAUGGUCAUUAACGGGUGAACAAGGGAACGAAUGGUUUUUUUCAAGAGUUAAUUUACCACAAUGUGCAUCCGAAUUUCAAAUUGUUGUUGAAGGCAUUCGAGGAACGUCAUUUACGGGCGAUAUUGCAUUGGAUGAUUUUCGAUUUGAAGAAUGUUACGAGAGACCUACAGCGUGUGCACUACCUGCGGGAAAUGCAUUCACAUGCAACAGCGGUCAUUGUGUACCAGACACUAAUAAAUGUGAUUUUGGAUUGGACUGUUGUGAUGGAACAGAUGAAGAUCCUAAUUUAUGCUAUGACUACAACAGAUGUGAUUUUGAAGAAUCUUUUUGCCUAUGGGAAAACACCGUUGAAAGUCAUAUAAUGUGGGAACGUUAUCGAGGAGAUAGUCGACCAUUUCCAAGUCGUCCACCGUACGAUCACACAAAACAAACCCAAUCGGGUAAUUAUUUACAAUUACGAACCAAUCCAACAACUCCACGUGGUUCAAAAGCUUACAUCUCAACCGUCACGGAUAUACCCGAACAAGGUUGUACAUUGAGAUUUUGGUACUACUUUAAAGGCGAUAAUGGUGGAAUAUUAUCUGUUUACUAUCGUUACGCAAUCGGCGAUGUACUCUCAACAAUAAUAACGUUAACAGAUCCAGCAUCUUAUUGUAAAUCAAAUGACACAUGUCGAUGGGAACGAGUUCAAGUACAGUUAGAUGGCGUACUCAAGCAACCAAGCGAAAUUGUCAUAGGUGUUUCAACAGGAGCAAACCAAGAUAGUAUAAUGGCCAUUGAUGAUAUAAGUUUUACACCACAGUGUCGAAAAUACAAUGGUACACGACCAAUAGUCACAACUGCAUCUCAUACUGGUUCAUCCACAAGUACAUCUCAUACUGGCUCAUCCACAACAAGCACAAAAGUUCCGCUCGACUGUGCAAAUUAUUGUUUGAAUGGAGCUAUUUGUAAACCAUCUCAAAUUGCAGACGGAAAACCAACUUGCGAAUGCAAACCCGGUUACACUGGUGACAGAUGUGACCAGGAAAAAAAAAACAAUAAAAGCAAUACUGCAGCUAUUGUGGGCUCAGUUGUUGGUGCCCUAGUUGUCAUUGUUAUAGUUGCUGUUGGACUAUUAUAUGUUCGACCGAAACUGAAAGCACGUAACGAAAGUGUUCGACUAAUUGAUCCUUCAAUAGAUACAGGGCCAAUUAUGAAUCCACUAUUUGAAACAGUUGCUGCUGCAACACAAAGUAAUAGAUCUGGUGGUACAUCUGAUGCAUAA